AAAAGGUCGGAAUUCUUAAUGAAAUCUGUCAGUGGGAUGUUUUCACUUUUCACUGAAUACACAAAACCGGUUCAGAGUGAUUUUGUGGUUAUAGGUGUCGUCAAACUGCCACGCUUGAUAAAUUUGUAAUGUCAUUAGAAGAUGCUCAAUUCAGGUUCCGAAUCAUGACUUGAUCUGAUCAUUCGGGAUCACUCAGGUGUGGCCGUUCACCUCUGCUAUAAUCUUGACUGUGCUAUAUGAAGUCGUCGCUUUUGCAUAAUGCGGAUAAGUGUUGUAUUAAUUUUGUCUUCGUAUGAAUCAAACUGUCACCAAGUACGUUAUUCAUUUAGUUAGAAUUCAUGUGCGAUAUUUUUGGAGUUUCGACUUGACUAAACUUCUUAAUUUUCCUACCUGAUAUCGUAAGGAUAAAAUUUUGAAUGUUGUGUUAUUCGUGAGGAGUAAUUUUCACAAAUGUGAAAUCAAAAGAAUGUGUGUUUCUUUUUGUAUCUUACCAGAGUUAUUCAUAAACCAAAUGCUUUGAAAACACACCCCUUCAUGUGUCAGCUGGCAACCUUGAGGCUUUUCUAAUGUCAGGAUUUCUUGUGAACGGCUAUCAAUCUGGGCUUGUACCAAGAAGCAACGCAGAAUGGGUCAACAUUCAAAAGAACACUUUUACCAAUUGGGUCAACGAGCAACUGCGCAUGCGCGGACUGUCCAUCCAUGACCUUAGGACUGACCUUGCAGAUGGGGUCAGUUUGGUAGCACUUCUGGAGGUCUUACAGCGCCGACGUAUAUCUGGUGCUGUGGAGCGCCCAAGCAAUCCCCAUGAAGCAUUGCAGAAUUUAAAUGUAGCUUUGGAAGCUAUCGGAGAAGAUAAUGUUCGAAUUGUAAAUAUAGGUUGUACAGAUAUCACAGAAGGCAACAUUAAACUGGUUCUUGCCCUCAUUUGGCAGCUGAUCCUCCGUUAUCAGGUGGGACUGUCUAAUAUCCAGCACAAGAACUGGAUGUUGGCAUGGCUACAAGCUGUUAUUCCGGAAUGUAACAUCACUAAUUUUACAACUGACUGGAAUGACGGAGUAGCCCUACAUGCGCUGAUAGAAUUCUGUAGUCCCGGUUUGUACCCAAAUUGGAAACAUCUAAGGGGACAAAACAGGCUCAGCAACUGUCAAAAUGGAAUCAAAAUAGCCCGCAAGCAUUUCGGAAUUCCUCUCAUUCUUAAUCCAGAACACCUCGCAAGUUCCCAGCUGGACGAGCUAUCCUGCAUUACAUACUUAUCAUAUUUCUUAAAAGUCGGAUCCCCAGGUUUUAACGCCACGCUUCAGCGCGUUCAGUCUCUAGUCAGGGACAUCCCAGUGUCCAAUUUCACGACUGACUGGAACGACGGACGAGUCUUGUGCAAGUUAGUAACCAAUCUAGGGGGAAGCCUUGGGGACUACCACACCGCCUCUAAUAUAGAAAGGCUGCAAUACGGUAUUGAUGGCGCACAGUCUCUCGGUAUUUAUCCAGUAAUUACUGCAGCAGAUAUGGCUGAAGAAGACUCGGAACAUCUCGGCAUUAUGGCAUAUGCUGCAAAAUUCAUAAAUAUGAAACCAGUUUCCAUAUCAGCUUUUUCAAAGUAUGAGCAGAAACAGAUAAUUGUCUGUGACGAAAGACAAACCGUGAUUCCUUCAGAAACUGUGAUUCCAAUUCAAAAUACAACAGACUCAAAAUACACAAUUAUCCAGCCCGGUGCCAAUAAACCGGACAGGACGAGGUCUUUCCGAAUCGAACGGAUUAACAAUGGACCAAGGGUCAGUUCCUAUCAAAUCAAUGGGGCAGAAACUAAGUCCGAAAGUUCAUUUCGUAUUGACGGAACCUACGUCACGUCUGAUCCACGACCAAAACAGAAACCGGAAGUUAAUGGCUAUCAUGACACGGUAGAUAGUAAUGUUACUUAUAAUCUUAUUCGACAACCUUCACUGAGAAAAGCAAAGAAAAUCCGCUCGGAUCCGACUGGAGGGGUUAAAGUAGAUACGUACUCUGUUGGUGUCAUCAUGUCGACAACGACAGAUGAUAUUUUACUGAAAGAUGAUAUCAAAAUCAAAGCUGUGUCUCCAAAUGGCCGUGUGAUCAAAAUGUCCGGUGUUGGUACAUAUAAUGCACAGUUCGAACCCGAUGAAAUAGGAGAAUGGAGGGUUGCCUUGUAUUGUCAAGGCAAACGUAUCGACUCGUGUCCUGUAGAUGUUUGUGACCCCUCAAGGGUCAGGGUCAUUGAUCUAAAAGGUGGAAUUGUUGGAAGACCGAAUAGAUUUAAAGUUGAUUGUUCCGAAGCUGGUAAAGGGGAUUUAGAAAUUUUCGUAAAAAAUGACAAAGGACGUGUGUCGUCCUUCUGCUCAGACAAUGGCCGUGGCAUCUACAAUGUUAAUUUCACUCCUUACCUCAAAGGAUUACAUUACGUCACAGUCAAUUUUAACCGGGCAGAAAUCAGAGACGAUGAAAUUUUACUUGGGGCAGACGGUGAAGGGAUGCAUAGGCGUGCUAUUUUCUACUCUGAAAUAACUGAAGAAGAGGAUGGAAAAUUUAAAGUGAAAGCAUCUUGUGACUGGCAGAUUGAUUACGUCACGGGUGGACCAUUCGAAAUCUCAAUAUCGGAUUCUGUGGAUGUGAAAGUUUACAGCAUGAAGGAUGGCACGAUCUGUAAUCUUCCUCAUCUGAUAGCGGACUGCUCAGAGGCUCCGGAGGGGAGAUUGGAUGCGGAAAUCACUUACGGUCACGAGCGAUUCCCCGCCACUGUUACAGAGACGAAUCCAAAAAUAUAUCAAAUCACGUUCCGUCCAAGGGGCAAAGGAACGUACAAAGUGUGGCUAGUGUACAGUGGUUUGGUAGUAAAAGGUUCGCCGUUCAUCAUUGAAGUGGAUGAACUAACAGCUCCGAAAGCUGAAGGUGAUGGGUUAAGAAAGGGGGUUGUGGGCCAACCCGCUAAAUUUAAGAUUGACUCCAGAGGGUUUCCGGGUGAUCUGCAUAUCGACAUACAAGGUCCGCACUAUCCUAUUAACUUCACACGAAUACCUGACAAAGACGGCACAUUUAAUGUAACGUACACCCCCGAGGAAACAGGGCCUCAUAAAAUUCGUAUCAAUAUCGAUGGUCGACCAAUAGAAAAGAGCCCUUUUACAGUAAAAGUCGUAGACCCAAAUAAAAUUCGUAUAUCCGGGGGAUGGCGCCCUUUACUAGAUGACAAUGAACGGAUUCCAUUGGUCGUAGGAAAGGAGAAGCAGAUUCCAUUCGAUGCCUCGGAUGCUGGACCUGGUGAACUUACUGCAGACGUUCGUGGGCCAACAACAAAGAUUCCAACAGCCGUAGAGAUACGACCCGGGGGUCGACACACGCUGGUGUUUACACCCGAAGAAGAAGGUGAUCACUAUAUUAAUGUAAAGUGGGAUGAUUUUCCACUACCCAACACUCCGUACCUAGGAUACGCCACCAAGCCACCACCGGACAAUGGCGGAUUAUUUAGACCUGUAAUUAACCUUAACCUUAACACUGGAUCGCCAAGGUCUAUCUCAUCAGACGAGCAGCCCAGAGUCCAGCCAACACAACUUCAUAGCCCACUUCAUAGCCCUGUUAACAUCCUCUUUGAGCUUCCUAAGGUAGCUGUUACGAAUUCAAACACAUAUCCAGUGCCCGCUCAAGACUACCCUGAUAAUGCGACAUCUCGAACCACAUCACCAAGGUCCAUAAAUGUCAUUCGUAGACCCUCUGACACUGGUUAUCCCAAAACAAGGGUUUCCAAGAUGUACCUUCCACAAAGAGCAGAGAGUAUGUAUUCUUCGACAACCGGGAAUUCCGACCUUCCCGUGAGAGUUAACGUUGUGCGCAGGUCCAACACUACAAGCCAAGGAUCGAGUCAGCCCUCCACUAGGAGAUCCUCUGUUAAGGCAUACCCUGCUCCUACAGCCCCUACUAAAGACCCCUCCAAGGUUGUGCUGAGCGGGAAAGGGCUCAAACAUGCUCAUCUCGACAAACCAGCUGUGUUCAGUAUAGACGGCCGAAACGCUGGAGAAGGGGAACCGGAAGUCAGAGUAACAGGCGUCAAUAGAGAGAUUCCGGUUAAGAUAGAGCAUACAGGUCCACUCCAGUAUAGAUGUACCUACACACCGACGGAUCCUGGCGCUUACCUGUUAGAUAUUACCUGGAAUAAACGGCCUCUGAAAUGUUGUCCCUUCAAAAUCAACGUCAACCAGCCGGUGUAUCCACACAAGGUGAACGUCAGCGGCCAUCCGCUCAAAAGCGGCGUCGUUGGGCGCGAUAUUCAGUUACAUAUCGAUCCCCGAAAUGCAGGAAUAGGGGAUAUAACGGUUAAGUGCGUUGGACCUCAAAUGUCGGAGGUACCUGUAACAUUGGUUGACAACUAUGAUGGAACGCAUAGUGUUAAACUCAGACCAGCUCAACCAGGGCGCCAUAUUCUGCAUAUUAUGUAUGGAAAUGAACAUGUCCAUGGAAGUCCGUAUGCAAUUGACAUAAAAACAGCACGGAAGCAGCAGUACCCAGUGAGAGUGUAUGGUCCCGGGGUAAAUGAUGGAAUUCUCCCAGAGUUUGAGAGCCAUUUUAUGGUGGAUGCACAAGGGGCCGGAGCGGGAGAACUCAAAGUCGUCAUCAUGGGCCCAAAAGGUGCCUUUAAUGUGGAACUAAGCCGUACUAGCCAGAAGGACAAACUGGUUCAUUGCCGCUACAGUCCAGUAGAACCAGGUCUUUACACCAUUAACGUUCUAUGGUCUAACGAGCAUGUAGAAGGAAGUCCAUUUAAGGUUAAUCUCGCAACAAGUCAACUGCAGCUAGAGCGCAUGCUCAUGGAAAGAAGAGCUUCUCUGCCUCGAUCUUUAUUGUCCAGUAAAGAGGCUCAAGGAGAACCGGAAAAUCAGAACAUUCUGUAUUGAAUAGGAUUUCUAUUGGGACUCUUUAUGUCUGACAUUUUCGUUUUAUUUCCACUUAUAAGAUUUUUUAUCAUGUAUAAAUUUUGAAUCCAUAAAGGGAAAAAGAAAGAUUUAAAAAGCAAAGGGUAUGAAAACAUUAGUUUAUCGUAACAUUUUCUUUGAGGCUCGUAUUUCCUUUUCCAGCCAUUAAGUAAAACAAAGGCGUCCUACAGAAAGCACAUCGUUACAUAGCUUAAUGUAAACAAAUUAUUCAUAUAUAAGUAAUGAUAAUCAAACACUGUCAUUUAUUUGAAGAAUUUUAUUGCUGUUUGAAUUAAGUAACGGACAUCCUAAGGUGAAUAUUGACAUGUAGUUAUCCUUAUUUACGUAUCCUCUAAAAGUCACCGACAAGUGAAAUGAAAAAUUAUAGGAUAAAUCAAAAUGCUUCAAAGAUUAAUUAUCAGCAAUAAUCAAUGCAUUGGAUGACGAUACAUUAAUGUCUUUUUAAAUUUGAUCAUGAGCUGCUGAAAAUUAUGUUGCAGAAUUGGAUACUCUGUUGUAGAAUCAUGACGCUUUUAUCAUGUCACAGGAAUUUAAAUUUUUAAAGGGCACUUUUUUAAAAGUAAAAAGUAACUCUUUAUUUUGAUAUUUUAAAAAAUAAAUAUGCAAACAGAAAAAAUAGUAUUUUUAUUAAUAAUUUUCAAAACACAUAGAUAAGAGGAAUAAAGUUUGACUCCUUUCAACUUUCCACAUUUAUUAAAAUAUUAUAUAUAUGCAUCUUGUAUGUCUAAGGUUCUGAACAUAUUUUACUCUCUUAAUUUUAAUAGGUAAAUAAUAUAAUUACAUAUAUUUUAUUGAUAAUUUUUAGUUUUCUAGUAAUUUCUUAAAUGACUAAUUUCCUCAAAAUGUGCUCUAUCAAGAUUCUAGGUUAAGUAUAUCAAAUAUAUGAAUCGGUUGAAAAACUACCGUUAGAAUAUGUACAUUUUUGAAGUAUCCAUAGAGAUCUCGUUUGAUUAUUGUGGUUAUUUUCCUUUACAAAAUGUAACUUUUUAAAUAUAUGUACAUUAAUGUUAUUGCAUAAACAAUACUUGUUAUAUAUCCUUUAA